GUUGGUGCACCUUCUGAUUGGGUGGACUUCGCCUCAAAUGCUUUCGGCUAGCUGCAGGCGCCCGCAUGUCGUCUUCGUUCUCCAGCCUUCAGCCUUCGGCCUUCCUUCAUGUUACCUCUCACUCAAGCAUUAGACACCGGUCUACUCAGCUUCCAACGACGCUCGGCAUAUACUUGAUAACUAGAAGCGUCGCUCCAUCAGCGCACGAUAUUGACGCGCUGGAGGUCUUGAAGGGCUGCCUUGGGGCGAGAUGGAAGACAUGACGGCAGAUCUGUGUUCACGCUGUUCCAGCAUUCCGUGGGAUCGCUUGGAGCAGGAGCAUUGGGGACCGCUCUGGAUGGAUGAAAAGCCAACCUUAGGAGACCUCCAGACCUCGUCCUGCAGGGUGUGUCGUCUCAUCAUUUCUACUAUUCUGACAGGUGCCGAACAACACGUUCCCCUAGAAUCCCGUGUGAAGAUCUUUUGGGAUUCAAAGAUUCCAAAUGGGGACGAUUGCCUGGGGUCUAUUCUGUUAUCUACAGAGCCAGAAGGAUCUGUUGCAGAGCUGAUUCUCACGACCGACGAGUCUAUCGAAGAAGACAUGACAGCCAGCUACAAAGUUGCCUCAAAGCGCGCCGACUUCGCGAAGAUUGAUCGAUGGCUCGAAGCUUGUAAAUCGUCACAUGAGUCCUGCAAAUACGAAAUAGCUGUCCAACUCUCCAAUCUAAGAGUCAUCGAUUGCAUCAAAAAAGUCGUCGUUGACGCACCAAAAGACUGCUCAUUUGUUGCGCUUUCCUACGUAUGGGGUAGACUUCCCGCGGAUAAUCACGUCCUUGGAUCACCAAUCGCGUUCCCACCGACAAUAGAGGAUGCAGUCGAGUGCACUCAGAAACUUGGGUAUCGGUAUCUAUGGGUUGACAGAUAUUGCAUCAAUCAAGAGGACUCUCGCAAUAAAGGGGAACAGAUCAGCCAGAUGGACCGGAUCUAUGCCACUGCGAAGGUGACCAUUGUUGCUGCAGCGGGCGCGGACCCCUCAUAUGGCCUUGUAGGCAUCAGUAGAGAUUGCAAUUGGCCAUUGUCAGAUCGAGAACCACUAGGAAGCUCCCGAUUCCUACAUCCUGUUCCUAAGGCUGCUGAAGAUUACAUCGCACAAUCGACUUGGUUCUCAAGGGCUUGGACAUUACAAGAAGGAUAUCUCUCGAAGCGAAUUCUGUGUUUUACAGAACGCGAAGCAGUUUUUGUUUGCAAGUCGUAUUCUUCGACAGCAGAGUUCACCCCGCGUACUUACGGAUCAAUUUCCAAGUACCAAAGGUCAUUCACAAAGAACGCCACAAGAAUAGCGUUGAGUUCCCAGAUCAAAAGUCUAUCUGAUGCAAGUAGCAUCAUGGCGACAUACUCGAGACGGGUGCUGGGGUACGAUUCCGACACGCUAAGUGCUAUUACCGGUAUUCUCAAUGUCUUAAGAAGACGUGAUCCGCCGAUCUAUCAUAUCUGGGGAGUCCCUUUCACCAUUACCCGAGGACCGGACGCUGCUCACAACACCGAUUGCACCGUAUCCGUUUCGUUGAACUGGACGCAUUUCGAAAGCAGCCGUCGCCUUCUUGAGCUCCCGAGUUGGUCAACUCUAGGAUGGAGAGGGCGAGCGGACCACGAAUUUCGCGAACCAGAAAUUACACCUCAUUUCAUGAUCAAGUAUUGGUCCGGCGACAGAUACCAAGACCUUGGUAACAGUACCUGUAACCUAGACUAUACAUACUGUUCGGAUGCUACUCAUCGGUCUCAAUACCUAGAGAUCACGACGGAUUUCGUACAAGUCGAGCUACAGAGGCAAUGCCUCGGCGACGCAAUCAGUUAUUUCCUCAGACCAACUUUUAUCAGAAGAAAGGAGGUUGAGAAGGUGGAGGAGGACCGGCCGAGCCAAGGAUUGGAAGGUCCACUGUUUAGGGUGUUUCUGAGCGAUGAGCCCAGUUUUGAUGAUACUUUACCCGUCCUAUGCGCCACGAUGACUCUACUUGAUAUCGUCUCUGAUUCUUGGAGUUCCUUCCAAGACAAAGAUCCCCUUUUCCUCUUUUUCCAGAAGAAAGCAAAGUCUUACGAGCGGGUCGGCGCUUGCAAAGCCUACUUGUAUUCCAUUGACUCAGAAGGAAAGAAGUCAUCGAUUGCAGAUGACCUCUGCGAAUUUAUUCCAUCUGGGGAGGAAGGUGCUUGGGAUCAAGUCGCUGAGAGACGUACUUUCCUUCUUGGCUAGACAGCUUCGCACACAGUUUUGCGCUUCAGAUGAUACUUUUUACCGUGAUAUAAUCUUCUCG